GAAACCCGAUUUGUUAUGAAUGAUCUCAAACAGAUUUACACAUUAAAUACUCAUUUCAGUGUUUCCGUGUACGAGGAUUUGGCCACUAAGUGUCCCGACAAAUCCAGGCCAUUAGGCGAAAAUCGCGAAGGAGAUAAUCUAAGCACAAAGCCCAAAAUUGCUAUCAAUACCACCGCACUUCCUAAUGCAUGUGCCGUUAAAAUACAUGCUGAUGAACUCUUAAAGGACAUGGUCCUGAAAGGUGUGGAUGCUGAUAGUGCAAACAGCAAGAAAGGAUCCACGAUAACCGCAGAUGUGUGGGAUUUUGCGGGUCAACAUGUGUACUAUGCUGCUCACCCGGUAUUUCUUUCGUCAAGAGCUGUGUACAUCGUGGUUCACAACCUUAACAAGCCACUGAAUGCCCGAGCUCAACCAUGUGCCAGACAAGGAACUCAGGAAGUAACUUUGGAGAACCCGACCAAUGAGACCAAUCUGGAGAAUUUGCUGUCGUGGCUCGUGACAGUUCAUAAUAUGACACCAACUGGAGAAGAAAUGGUUGAAACGCCAAACGUGCUGUCCUAUCUCCGACCUCCAGUGUUCAUCGUCGGCACCCAUGCUGACAAGCCAUAUGAAGAUAGGAAGGAUGUUUCAUCCAAGAUACUUCGUGAGAUUUCCAGUAAGGAAUAUGGAAAACAUGUGAUCCGACCAUUCUUCUACAUUGAUAACACUCAAGGACACAAAUCAUUCGCAUGGAAAUUCCGGAAUUUCUUUAAAUUUCAAAGAAAUCGUCAAGCAGGUCAAGAAGGAGACAAUGAUGGCACUGAUGCCGAUGGAAUUCAUGCUCUUCGAGCGAGAAUCCUGGAAGUACUUCGACAGGAACCUUAUAUGGGAGAGAAGAUACCAGUGAGAUGGUUUAACUUCGAAAAGGUCAUUGAAGCUUUGGUAGCUGAGAAUGUUUACCACUCAAAUACUGUCCAUCUUCAAACCAUUGCCAAGGAUGUAUGUUUUAUAGAAGACGAUGAACAGUUUCACACCAUGUUGAAUUUCUAUCACGACUUAGGUUUGAUUGUGAAACACCGCAGUACAGUCAUUCUGAAGACACAGUGGUUAAUCAGUCUAUUCAAGAAGCUUAUAACCAUUCCAGCAUUCGAAAAAGCGGAUCCUGUGCAUUCCACGUACUGGCUGGAACUCGAGACAAGUGGUGUCCUUAAGAUGGAGCUUGUUGAUCACGUUUUUUCCCCUCUUAUUCAGCAAGGCGUUAACAAGGAAGACAUCUUGGACAUGAUGGAGCAGUUCUGUUUGAUUGCCAAAUACUCACCAUCUCCGGCUGACGUUCAGUACUUUGUACCAUGUCAACUGACUUCCUCGCCUGAAGAUCUUUGUAAAUUUGAGCCAUCCUCUACGGAUCCUUGUCCUUUGUAUCUUCAUUUCCAAGAAGGGUUUGUCCCGCAUGGCUUUUUUACUCGCCUUGUUUCAAGAUCGGUUGCUUGGUGUGGUGCAAGUGGAUCAUCAAAGCCUCCAAAACUCUACCAGAAUGGUGCAUGGUUCGUUCUUGAAGGACGCGUGAUUAAUGAUAUGAUUAUGAUUUGCAAGAAGAAGUUCAUAAAAAUCCUCUUGAGACAAAGAAUGAAAAAUGAAGCAGUUCCAGUGUCUAAUUCAACUUUGGCAGAGGUUGCUAGAAGGCUGCGAUUGUUUAUAGAGAGAAGUUUAAAAGAGAUGUCACAGGAGUUCCCAUACUUGAGCAGGAUGCAGCAUGAAUUUUGUGUUGAAUGCCCCUACUGUCAGCAAGGAGGUCGCAAAUGCACAAACCACAACCAAUUGUCCUGUACAGAAGAAGACUGCUUACACCUGCUUGAAUUAAGACAAGGUCAGGAUUUGAUCUGUAUGGAAAGCACGUCUAAUAAAGUACUUACAGUUCCUGGACAAGAGAAAUGGUUGUUGAACCAGGAUUUGGCUCCGUCAGUGACAAGAACCUCACAAGUUGCAUCAGUACGUGGUCACCCAGCAAAGUGCGACAAAACUUUGAAAGUUACUCUUCUAGCUAGUGAGUGGAAUUCAUCAAGGGGGGGUUUGUCCACCAUCAACAGACACCUUGCUAUCCAUAUGGCCAAACGUAGCGAGGUGGAAGUCACUCUCUUGGUCCCACAAUCUGCUUGUUCUGAAGAAGUGAAGAGAGAUGCAGAAAGUCACAAGAUUGUCAUCAAAGAAGCAGAGAGACGUCCAGGCUACGACUGUCUUGACUGGUUGAGCUUCCCUCCGAAAGACCUGAAAAUUGACGUGGUUGUGGGUCAUGGUGCCAAGUUAGGUAAGCAAGCCCAAAUCAUUAGGAAGUACUAUAGUUGCCAGUGGGUACAAGUAGUGCAUACUGCGCCUGAAGAGCUCGGAAUGUUCAAAACUUAUCCGGGAGCCAUUGCCAGAGGAGGAGAGAAGACUACAGCCGAAAUAGAUUUGUGUAAAUUGGCAAAUCUAGUUGUACCAGUAGGACCAAAGUUGAUGGAGGCCUACUCUGCCUAUCUUCGCUCAUGUGAGAAGCAGCAAGAUAUCAUGUCGUUCACUCCUGGCACAUUCAAAGAGUUUUCUACUCUAAAUCAUGCCCCAGUCGACUCUGAAAAGUUUAGGGUGUUGACCUUUGGUCGUGAUGACCCUGAGGACUUCGGUCUUAAAGGGUAUGAUAUCGCUGCUAAAGCAGUGGUUGAACUGAAUGACAACUCCUACCAUCUGAUCUUUGUGGGUGCACCUGAUGGAAAAGAGGAGGCAGUUACGGAAACUUUGCUGCAGAAUGGUAUUUCUAAACGUCAGCUGACAGUGAGAACGUUUUUGCAAAGUAAGGAGAAAUUGAAAGAUUGUUUUUGUGAAGUCGAUCUCUGUAUCAUGCCAUCCCGGACGGAAGGGUUCGGCUUAACCGCGUUGGAAGCCUUGUCAGCUGGUCUUCCCAUUCUUGUAAGUGGAAACUCGGGUUUCGGAGAUGCACUGCGCACAGUACCAUUCGGCACAUCCUUUGUGGUUGACUCUGAGGACCCCAAAGUGUGGGCUGAGGCAAUUGAUGGUGUCCGAAAGAUGAAGAGAUCACCGCGUCUUCAAGGGACUGAACGACUCAGGACAUCAUAUGAAAAGCAGUUCAGCUGGGAGAAACAAUGUGACCUUCUCGUUGAUUUGAUGUGGAACAAAGUUCAUGGUGUAGGGGUGCUUGAGCGAACCCUCCAGAAUCUUCAGCGGAUGCAACUCUGCGUAAGCACGGUCAACGACAAUACUACCUUGACAGAGAAGUUAGCGACGAUUUCAUCAGAUAAGGGCUUCAGAAUUUCUGACAAUCAAGGGUCAGGAAACUGCAUGUUCCAUGCUCUGUCAGAACAACUAGAAAUCGUCAAAAGAAUCAAAAUCCAACAUGGCAAGUUGAGAGAGUCUUUAGUUCAGUACCUCAGGGAAAACCCAAAACUGCCGGAUGGAACAGAUCUCCGUCACUUUGUCCAUGAACAUGAAACAUGGGCUGAUUACCUAACAUACAUGGAAGAAGAUGGCGCUUGGGGUGAUCACCUCAUUCUCUGUGCAGCAGCAAAUUGCUUUAAAACGUGCAUUCAUGUGGUCAGCAGUAUACACAAUGAUGUAGACAUCAGGCCACAUGGUGCUGUUGACGAAAGCAAGCCUCUAGUACUGGGACAUAUUCAUGAAGUACACUAUGUCAGUCUUCAGCCCAUACAAGGCUAAAGUAAAGUUUGACGGCGGCUAUGGUUACAAACUAGAAAGACCUUCACGAAGAAACAGAACGCAAAAAGAAAAAAAUUCGAAGUUUUAGGAAUUUCUCUCACGAAACUAUAGUUUUAGCCGAAAAGAAAGCUUUAGACGAGAUAUAGCUUUUAGGAGGUCGUAAGUUUUUCGGUUUGGAUGAGCUUAAGUCACUGAAUAGCUAUCGAGUUUUCAUGGUUCGAUUGAAAUUUUGAUAUAGAGUAAUUCUUAACUGAGCGUAAAAAGUAAUCCCGUACUGCUUUGGUUUUCUUUAUUUCGGUCUGUGAUUGGUCUAGAAACUCGCACAAUGUGCGAAACAAAUCAGACGCCAAACGAAAAAGAAUCGUCACUGGUCAUUUGCCCCCAAUUUCUGCAGUUUGAAACCUUAUUGGCUAAUAACGAUGCAAAACUUCGUUAUUAUUGGCUGUUCUUAUUACUUUGGUUUGAAAAUUGCUCCAAAAAGCCAUGAAUCACUAAUUGCAAUUUUUACUCCUCUCAUCGCGAAUUUCUGUUCAGCAAUUAUGGAGCAUGGUUCAUUGUACUUUGGUGCCGCCGUUAUGUGUUCACUUCUACAAGCUGAACGUGACGGUUUGCUCUACACUGUAGUGCUUGGAGUGAUAUUUAUCAUUUGCCUUUAUUACAUAUUAAAAGGGGAACAAAGCUAAUUUGCAUAGAUAAUACAUGGGAAAUAUAAAAUAGGAAAAGGAAAAGGAGAGGAAGUUUGAAGAAGCCAUGAAGGCUUCUAAGUGAAGCUCCCUCUUGAAAUAAGAGUUUAAGUUAAACUAGAGUGUAGAACGUAAUUUAACAAGUGUAAAGUACGAAUUACGGAAGUCGUGGAAUGCAGUACUAUGGUGGUUGUCGAUCAUUUUUGGUAUCUGCCUUGGAAAAGAACGCCAGCGCCCUGGGGAAACUUUCGAAUUCCUCACCGUGAGAGACUUAUGGCAGACAAUGCUAUCAUGAGUAUGAUGUUUAAGUCUGCCGCCAUAAUACUCUGUUAACGGCUUGUUAUUAUUUACUCAAUUUAUUUACUUGCAAAGCGAUUCCUUUUAAAAUUUGCUAAUGUAGUUUGCCAUUUAGACGUCAGUUCCACUGAUGAUUGAGUGGCUUUUAUACAAGUAUGUCUUUUGCAAUUGAAACAGGUUAUCAGAACUGUCUGCACUAGCUUUGUGGUCUAGUGGUAACU